CAACUGGGUCUUUUGGGGCUUCGUAGCGGCAGAUUGGGGCUUGACCACCUGGGGCGGGGCCACCAAAAAAUUCCCACGACGACCCGUCACUCUCCGCUCGCCGAACGACCACCCUUUCGACGUUAUCCUGUCCGAACUCACGGCCAACUUCACCACCAAUUACCUGCAGUCCGGCCACCGAACAGCAAUCAAAAUGUCUGAGGGAGAAGUUGACGUCGCGGCCGUUUCCCAGUACGAGGUCCUCCCCAAGGAGGUCCUCGCUGAGGUUGGCAGUGUGAAGCUGUUCAACCGCUGGAGCUACGAGGAUGUCGAGAUCAGGGAUAUCUCUUUGACCGACUACAUCCAGAUCCGUUCUCCCGUCUACCUCCCCCACUCCGCUGGUCGCUAUGCCGUCAAGCGUUUCCGCAAGGCCAACUGCCCCAUCAUUGAGCGUCUCACCAACUCCCUCAUGAUGCACGGUCGCAACAACGGCAAGAAGCUCAUGGCUGUCCGCAUUGUCGCUCACGCCUUUGAGAUCAUCCACCUCAUGACCGACCAGAACCCCAUCCAGAUCGCCGUCGAUGCCAUCGUCAACUGCGGUCCCCGCGAAGACUCCACCCGUAUCGGUUCCGCCGGUACCGUCCGUCGCCAGGCCGUCGAUGUCUCUCCCCUUCGCCGUGUCAACCAGGCCAUCGCCCUCCUCACCACCGGUGCUCGCGAGGCUUCUUUCCGCAACGUCAAGUCCAUUGCCGAGUGCCUUGCUGAGGAGCUGAUCAACGCCGCCAAGGGCUCCUCCAACUCGUACGCCAUCAAGAAGAAGGAUGAGCUCGAGCGUGUUGCCAAGUCCAACCGUUAAAGCGGUUCUGGCUGGCUGCAGGUGUAUGGGGGAAACUUGUUGGGUGCUUGGAGUUGUUGGACGGAUUCUAUUCGGCAUGUUUUGCUCUGCUGCCACUACGGCUGCAUUUGUUGCGCGUUAAAAGGGAACUGGGUCUGGGAGGAUGCGGUUCUUCUACGGCACUUAGGUCAAAACAGGCAGGCACUCAAUAAGGGCUCUCAGACAUUGAAUGAGAGGAAAACGUGGAUUUGCGGACAAGAUUUUAAGUGCAUAUACCACGAGGCGCCGGUGAUU